AAACUGAACAUGUGCCUGUCCAUUCCUGCGAAACAUGGGUGGUUUCCUUUUGAUGCAAGCUUUAGUUUUUAAAACGCAUGAUACGUGAAUACAAUCAGAGAGUAAAUGGACCAUACUGGCUGCAUAAAGUGCUGGGGGAUUGCUAUUCUUUUCCCCUCUGAUGUUCUUGUGGCAUCAUACAAAUAGGUUAGAGGUGCUUUGCCUUGGAAAUCUUGACAAUUUCAUCUGCUAUAUCUCCCUGAUUCUUCCAACAGCUAUAUGGAUCUGAUACUCCUCUGAGAAAAUGUUCAGAAUCCUGUCAAUCUUGAUAUUGGAAGUGCAGCUCUACUUGAUAAGAGCUUUUUUCACAGUUGAAGUUCCUCAGCUACACUACAUUGCAGAAUAUGGGAGCAACGUAACCAUGGAAUGCAGGUUUCCAGUGAAUGGCCAGUUAAAUCUUAAAGACUUAAGUGUCAGUUGGGAGCAAAAAGGGUUAAAAGAGCAAAAAUCAAAAGAGGUUUAUACUCUUCAAAAGGGGGAGGAAGACCUUAAAUCCCAGCACAGAGACUAUAGGGGAAGAGCAACAUUGUUACGUGACAAAUUGAAUUUGGGAUAUUCAGUGCUUCAAAUCAUCAGAAUAAAGCUCAUGGAUGCUGGGUCUUACCGCUGUCUCAUUGACUACAGAGGAGCUGAUUACAAGUACAUUACUUUGGAAGUAAAAGCAUCCUACACGAGAAUAAAUGUACAAAUAAUGAGUGAACCUGCAGAAGAGGAGUUGGUUUUAACUUGUCAGUCAGAAGGGUUUCCUCUAGCUGAAGUGUUCUGGCAAAAUGAGAAGAAUCUUAAAGUCAACGGAUCUGUAAAUACCACCUACACAUUGACCACAGAUGGACUAUAUAAUGUAACCAGUAUGCUGAUAUUCAAACCAAAUGCUAGUGAAAACUACAGCUGCAUAUUCUGGUCUAAAGAACUGAAUGAAGAAACUUCCUACAUUUUCACUUUAGCUCGACAAACAGCAGUUGUUGGAAAAAAAUCUCUGAAUUUAUUUAUCAUCCCAACCUGUGUAAUAGCGGUUGUUCUCAUAUCUGCAUUAACUAUCUUUCUAAAGAGAAAAUCACUAACAAAGCUCCAUGCCAAAAAAGACAAAAAGAGAAAAUGUCCCCAGUUACAGAAAGAAGACAACAGACACUUGAACUCUGAAACCCAGGACUUAAUUAUGACGAAUAUCACAGAUUCAAGAGACUGCACAGACGUGUGUCCAUGAAAACUCUUCAUCUGCCGUGCCUGCAGUUUGCACUUUUCAGAUCCCUUUUUGAAGACUGCAUAGAGAAAUCACAGCACUUUAGGUCUGGAACAAACAAAGCAAAUGUUUGGUUUUGUCUAUACUAUACCGCUUAAAGGCUCCCUGUGCCUUUUGCCAUGUUACAUCUUAGAGUUACAGAGAACCAUACUGUUAUUUAAUGUGGUUAACAACUAUUAAGGGAUUAUUGGAGUGUAUCCCAUAUGCUGUAUGCUUGGGCAUAUUGUUCACCUGAGAGCACUGCGUGCACCAAAUAUUUUGUGUUCAAGAAUCCCCUUACUAGCUGAUUUAAUUUCAGGAGUACAGUCAGGAUACAAAGCUUCAGUCAUGUCUCAUGGGACUCUGUACGUGCCGAUGCCUGGACAAUAAUCUUUUGUAUUCAGAAAUUUCUACAUAUCUAUUUUUCAUGGCCAAACUUUAUAACACAUAAACUGGAAAUUACCUAGAGCACCAACAGCAAAGAGAUAGACUGAAGAAGUUUCAUUUUACAACGCUAACAAGAGUCUGAAGUGCACUUCAAGCAACAGACCCAAAACUACCCUUGGAUCAACAUUAUGUCAUACAACCAACAGUUUAAUGUACGGUUUGUUACAUUGAUUUCUUUAUAGUUAUUUCUUAUUUGUAGAAGGCAUGUAAUAUUAAUGCUCUUUUACUUUUUUUAGGGGAGACAACUAAAAAUGUAGACUACAAUGCUGUAUCUACUAAAUGUUUUGUUCCAGGGCUAGUUUACUUAAUGGGGAAUUGCAAAGCAAAACUGAAAACUGAAUUAAGAAUAGAUUUCUGUGCUGAAUGUGUUUACUAGCCAGGGUACAGUUUUAACUCUCCAGAGGAACAGAAAGUUAAUCCUCUCCAUGCCAAUCACUGGAUGGAAUUUCUACAUCCCAUCAAAGGAAUGCCCGAGUCACCUCUGAAUAACUGAGUACAGGGGACCACCAUGUUUUUAUAUUAUCUCCUGGAGUGCCAUUUUGGAAAGAAGCUAUGUCUCCACACUGUGAGCCAAAACCUAACAGAACUUGGUGUAAUUUAUCCCUAGAGUGGUGGCUUUUGUGGGCCUUUUCUUUUGGAAAAGGAGCCACUGCUUACAAGUACCUUGUAGGGUUAAAGAAACAGAGAUACACACAAGUCAGUGAACCCAACUUCUGUCAUACCGCCAUUCCCCGCAAAAUACUUGGGUUUGGAGUUUCUCAAAAUAUUUUGGCCCAGCUAUAUAAAAAUUGUCACAACAGCAAAGUCAACAUCUUCCUCUUCCUCUACUAUGUCUGGAUUUGGAUACUUGGAAUCUGGUUUCCAAUUACCCGCAUCUUGUACAGUUACACCAAGGCAAAGUGGGUGUACAACACUACUUAAUCAGAAUGAUAGCAUUUACACCCACUUUGCACUCAUUUUGCCCUGGUUUAAAUGACUACACAAGAUGCAGAGCAAUAGAAAAUUAGGUCCCUGAUGUGUGGCAGGAGCUGACUUACAGAUUCAACAGUAGUAUUGAUUUUAUGAAUAAUCACUGGUUGAUGGGGAAAGAACAAACUUAAGAGUCAUAUUUGGUUUCCAUGUAUUACAUUUUUAAAUGUCCAGGUGCCGGUUGUUUGCUGGGAGCAUCUGCCAUUUUCUGUUCAGUUCAGAUGUAGCCUGCUGCAGAGGAGAAACACAGUGACCUAGAUUUUAUGCUGAGUUUAACAAAUCAGUUGAGAUGUCAGAGAGUUAGUUAUGGCUAGAGCCCUGUGUGGAUACAGAAUUUGCAUCCACAUCUGAUCCGAGAUGCGCAGAAAUGGUGCACAGAUAUGAAGUGAAUCUCUGCAGAUUUGCAGGGCUCUAGUUAUGACUCCCUGCCAGGCCUCAUGUGCAGAGUAGAGAAGCCUGGGGACUACUCUAACUUGCAUCAGCUAGCAAUUGUCCAUAAGGGACCAUACACCAGUGGAGGAUAGCCAAAGUAUAUCAUGCUUCAGCCAUUCCUUCUCUGUGUUUGUUACAUCUGCUGUACUAGGAGCUGUAGAGAGAGAAAGGCGUAGGAGCUGGCCCCAUACUCACUGGGGACUCCCCUCAUGUCAGGGGUAUACUAAACUGGAAGUUAUGGGCUGUCCCCAUUCUUUUUGUGCUACCAGACCAGUGCAGAGAAACUGGUCCAUUGUGCUCUUAC